CAGUCAAGACGCGGUCACACUGUACGCUAAAAUUAAAAAUUCGGAUUAAUGGUGGUUUUGCUGCUGAAUUUUCCGAAAAAUAGUGUGCAACUGUGUCGAGUGCUAAUGCUGAUCGUUAAAACUUCCAAUUAAACAUUGCAAAAAGAGUUAUUUUUGCCGGAAAAAUAACAAAAAGAAAGCAGAGUGACUGCUGCGAAGACGAAUUAAAGGGGGAGACGGAGUAACAAUGAGCGAGCGGGAUGGCAACUGGCCAGUGAGUGCGCUAGUGCUUCUCCUCUAACCAAAUAAAACAAAACAAAGGAGAGACAAAGGAUAGAAACCCCGAAAAAGGCACACACACACACACACGUGCACACACUAGCAAUAAGAAGAGCAGUCAGCAGACAGAUAAACUUAAACAAAUGGAGUUAAAUUAAUAUUUUAAUUAAAGGGUCCAAGGAUAUAGCCAAACGAUCCGAUUAGAAGCCAAAUCUGUAGAGCGAAAUAGUGAAAGGCAAGGCGAGGAAAGUCGUCGCCAAAUUGUGCAUGUGCAUGUGCGUGUGUAUGCCAGUGUGAGUGCGUGUGCAUAUGGGGUUGGAAAACUGUGAAAACUCAAGCGCAAAAGUCUUUGGCUCCGAUUAACUCGCGGAAAACUCACUGUCGCUGGUCAGGUGGAGAAAAUGCCGAGCGCCUCGUUCACCUCGUCGCGCACCUACGUGCGCCGCUCCCGCCGGAAAGGAGCCAACCGGAUAGCGAUGCCCAACCGGCCGACGGGAAACAUCAUGGAUCCGAUGCUUCAGCAGAACGUGGCUGCCGCCGGAGCUAAUGCAUCAGGAUCCACCAGCAGUGGUGCGGUUAGUGGCGGUGCCAACAACAAUAAUAGCAGUAGCAGCAGCGGGAACAGCAAUGCCACCGCCGCAUCCACUUCCGGAGCAGCUGGAGCCGGUGGAGCAACUGCCGCAGCAGGAGCCUCCAAUUCAGCAGAGUACUUUGAUAGUGGCCAAGGGACCAGCAGUUCUGGUGGAGCCGCAUCCUCGAGCUUCUCCGGCAGCUUCUACAAUGUCCUGCAAAUGAUGGACACCACGGAGAGCUCGGGCGCCGGUUCCAGUCAGUCCACACCACCGUCUUUGGGAGCCUCCACCUCCACCACCUCGUCGUCGAAGUCAACCUGCGCCACAGCCGGACCCAGCACCGCCACAACGUCCGCCGCCGCGGCAGCUGCAGCCUCCGCUUCCACCGCCAGUAGUCACCAGAGCCCAUACGACUUGCGCCGCAAGAUCUCCGCCAGCAGCCACGAGCAGUGGCCCACCAGCUCCUCCUCCGCCGUGGCAACCGCCGCCGCCAUACUCGUGGGACCAUCGAGCAGCUCACCACCGUUGGUUAAUCCCGGAGCCUCGCCAUCCAGCUCUUCGUCGUCCUCCUCUUCUAGCUCGUCAUCCUCGUCCGCCUCGUCGUCGAGCUCCUCUUCCAAUGUGCAGGCGCCCUCGACCAGUGCCACCUUUCCGGUAAACAAUGCACCCACCACGGGAGCCACGCUAGCGCAGCCCCCGAAUGUCCAUAGCUCAGUACCGCAGCAGCAUUGUGGUGCCUUGCCCGUGGGAGCGGCCAUCGAGGACAAUAACUACAUGCUGCCGGCGAGGAAGAGAUCACGCCGCCUCUACACGCAAGGCGGUGAGAUGGGACCAACUGCGGGGGCAACGGGGGAAGCAGCCGGAGCAGGGACGGCAGCUGCCGGAGGAGCGGGCUGUGCGCCCACGGCGGCCCAGUACCUUCAGUACGAACUGCCUGACGAGGUGCUGCUGGCCAUAUUCUCUUAUUUGAUGGAACAGGACCUCUGCCGCCUGGCACUCGUGUGCAAACGCUUCAACACCAUCGCCAACGACACGGAGCUGUGGAAGCGCCUCUACCAGUCGGUCUUCGAGUACGACCUGCCUCUGUUCAAUCCGGAGCUCUGCAAGUUUGUGUUUGAAAAACCGGAAGAGUCGGAGUACGCCAAUCCGUGGAAGGAGAGCUUUCGGCAGCUGUAUCGUGGCGUGCAUGUGCGUCCCGGUUACCAGGAACGUCGCAGCUCGGGCCGAAGCAUUGUUUUCUUUAACACGAUUCAGGCAGCUUUGGACUACCCAGAAGAACGGGCCGCAGCGGGCGUCUUUGUGCCCGCUGGCGCAGGAGCUGGAAACUUGGUCUCCGCCGGUUUGUCCAACACUAGUGCAGCUUCGGGAGGCGCCGGAGCUGGUGGUGCCAGCGUAAAUGCGCUGGUCAACAUCUACGAGGAGCAGGUGGCGCCCACCGAGCAUCCCGGACCUCUGAUAUUCCUCCAUGCCGGCCACUACAAGGGCGAAUAUCUCUUUAUCGACUCGGACGUAGCUUUGGUUGGAGCUGCACCUGGCAACGUGGCAGAAUCGGUGAUUCUGGAACGGGAGGCCGGCUCCACAGUGAUGUUCGUAGAGGGAGCCAAGUACGCCUAUGUGGGCUACCUUACGCUCAAGUUUUCGCCCGAAGUCACCUCCACGGUGUCGCAUCAUAAACACUAUUGCUUGGACAUCGGCGAGAACUGCUCCCCCACCGUUGACAACUGCAUCAUUCGCUCCACUUCAGUGGUGGGCGCUGCCGUCUGUGUUGGUGGUGUAAACGCCAAUCCCGUGAUCCGCAACUGCGAUAUCAGCGACUGCGAGAAUGUAGGUCUCUACGUCACCGACUACGCCCAGGGAACCUACGAGCACAACGAGAUCAGCCGGAAUGCAUUGGCUGGUAUUUGGGUGAAGAACUUCGCCAGUCCAAUCAUGCGGGAGAACCACAUACAUCACGGUCGGGAUGUGGGCAUCUUUACCUUCGAAAACGGAAUGGGUUACUUUGAGAAGAAUGACAUUCACAACAAUCGCAUAGCUGGUUUCGAAGUGAAGGCUGGCGCCAAUCCCACCGUGGUCAAGUGCGAAAUCCAUCAUGGCCAGACGGGCGGCAUUUAUGUACAUGAGAAUGGACUGGGUCAAUUUAUCGAGAACCGCAUUCAUUCAAAUAACUUUGCAGGCGUUUGGAUAACCUCUAACAGCAAUCCCACAAUUCGCAAGAAUGAGAUCUACAAUGGACACCAAGGUGGCGUCUACAUCUUCGGCGAGGGUCGCGGUCUGAUCGAGCACAACAACAUAUACGGAAAUGCACUGGCCGGAAUUCAGAUCCGCACCAACAGCGAUCCCAUAGUGCGGCACAAUAAGAUUCACCAUGGGCAACACGGUGGCAUCUAUGUGCACGAAAAGGGCCAGGGGCUGAUCGAAGAGAAUGAGGUGUACUCCAACACUUUAGCCGGCGUGUGGAUCACCACUGGAAGCACACCCGUUCUGCGACGUAAUCGUAUCCAUUCGGGCAAACAGGUGGGAGUCUAUUUCUACGACAACGGACACGGCAAAUUGGAGGACAACGAUAUAUUCAACCACCUGUACUCGGGAGUGCAGAUCCGUACGGGCAGCAAUCCGGUGAUACGGGGAAACAAGAUCUGGGGUGGUCAAAACGGCGGAGUACUCGUCUACAACGGCGGCUUGGGUCUGUUGGAACAGAACGAGAUCUUCGACAACGCCAUGGCCGGUGUUUGGAUUAAGACCGACUCCAACCCGACGCUCAAGCGGAACAAGAUCUACGAUGGUCGCGAUGGCGGCAUCUGCAUCUUCAACGGCGGCAAGGGGAUCCUCGAGGAGAACGAUAUCUUCCGCAACACGCAGGCUGGUGUUCUGAUCUCGACGCAGUCGCAUCCAAUCCUACGGCGAAAUCGCAUUUACGAUGGACAGGCAGCGGGUGUGGAGAUCACGAACAAUGCAACGGCCACGCUGGAGCACAAUCAGAUAUUCAAGAACAAAUUCGGGGGCCUGUGCCUGGCCAGUGGUGUUCAGCCCAUUACGCGGGGCAACAACAUUUUCAACAACGAGGACGAGGUGGAGAAGGCUGUAUCGAGCGGGCAGUGCCUGUACAAAAUCAGCAGCUACACCUCCUUUCCCAUGCACGACUUCUACCGCUGCCAGACCUGCAAUACAACGGACCGCAACGCUAUCUGCGUCAAUUGCAUAAAGAAUUGUCAUGCUGGCCAUGACGUGGAGUUUAUACGACACGAUCGCUUCUUUUGCGACUGCGGUGCUGGCACCCUGUCCAACCAGUGUCAACUGCAGGGCGAGCCCACUCAGGACACGGACACGCUCUACGACUCGGCAGCGCCCAUGGAAUCACACACGCUGAUGGUCAACUAAAUAACUAACUUCGGCAGCUCGACCACGGUCCUAUUCUUAGCUAUAUCUUAAGUCGUUAAGGCCAAGCUCUCAAAUCUCUCGCACAUCUUACGUGUUGCUGUAAAUAUUCGAAACAAAACCAACAAACAAAACACACUCUAAUACAAUUAAUUGUAUGUAAAUAAUAACUAAUUACUCUUGCGUUCAAAAUUUAACUCAAUGUGCAAUUUAGUUUAACGCGAACUCACACGCAAAGUUUUCACUUUUUAACUGAGCAUGGAACAGAUAAAUCAAUGCAAAACAAAAAACACUGAAACUUUUUCCAUUUAUGUCACAACGAAUGAUGAACAGAAAGGAGGAACGCCUUUAUUACACAAUGCAUUUGUUUGUACGUCAAAAUGUUGUAAACGAAGGAGGACAAAAUGAAUCCUCUCGAACCCAGUGAAGAACAAUUUUGUAAUGUAGAUUAGUAGAGAUUUUAAAAUUACAUCAAUUAACAUAAAAUAAGUGUAAGCCAUAGAUAUAAAGGAGAUAUAUAGCACAGGCGAGCUAGUCGGCCCCUGACUAACAAAAAUUCGAAGAAAGCAAUUCUAAGUAUUAACAACAAACUAGAUUAGCAGCAGCCAAUGCUUCAGCAAACUAACCUAUGAAUAACGAGUAUAGUAAACACAUAACAUAACAUUUAAACGGAAUACAGCACACUAUAUAAUUCAUGCGAAUCUAUGCGAAUUCUACUGAAACAGCACACGGACAAGAUACAAAAUCAAAAGCCUUUACCAAGCGUCAAAUACCAAGCAAUAUUUCAUGUCUAAAUGUUGUAGAACAAAUUUGUAGCUCAAACGUAAAAGAGAAAUAGAAACAAACAAAAGCCAUGUGUCAUUUUAGUCGUGUAAGUUGAUCAACAGUUUAGUAUUUAGUUUGUCUUCGGGCCGAGUAUUCGAAUUAUGCAAAUCAUUUUUUAGUUUAAGUCUGAAACGUAUUUAUAAGUGAACGCAAAAGCCCAUAAUUAUUGCGUACAUAGAUGACAUUAUCCAAUAACUGCGUGUGAAUUAAGUAUUUUGUUUUUAUUGCCUAACAUUUAAUUUAUAUAUAUUUUGUUUGCCCGUGUUUUUCCCCCGACGGUUCAGUUUCGUAGGCCCUUACUCGCUGUACGGAUCGAAUAACCACAUAAAUACUGCAUACUAUAUUCUAUAUUCAACUAUAUGAAAUAUACGAAUCAGAUUGUAUUGUUUUACUAACAAAAAUUUAAGUGCGUCCCCGACGUGCGACUAUACUAUGUAGAGAUUGAUUUUAAUGUGUUACCUAUGCAAGCUAAUAACGUCGUCGCCCUUGACUUGGACAAACCACUAAAUAUACAUACUUAUAUAUACACAAGGUA